GAAGCAUGAUGAUGAAUGCACAGUGUAUCUUUCAUUUAUGUUUGAGUCUAGGCCCCACACAAGCUUCUUUUCAAUUAGUAUAGGAUAGAGCACUCCAAUGCCUUAACCCACUCGCAUUGCAUGCUUUUUGUGGUUUAAUUAUACAGCACCUAUUUUUGAAGCUGUUGAGCACUCUUGGUUAGGAGACAUUGUGGUAGCGUACUCGUUUUCCUUCACUUGGUGUUGGUGUUGGUGCCUUCCCUGGUUGGUUCUACUUCUACACGAGGCUUUUAAGCUAUAGCAUAACCCUCCCUCUAUUUCUGUCUCUGAGGAUUACUUGCAUGAAACUAUUACUUAGGAACUGCAGCUUUUUCAGUUGUGAAUGCUUUUUUCUGGUUCCUAUCAUUCAAGUAACAUCAAUGAUAUGUUCACGGGAUGAGGACACCACAUCUAUAAAUUGAAGUUCUUGCAGAGUUAUAUGCAAACCAAUGAGGUUGUGAGGGCCAUUGUUAUAUGAAAGUUGAGUGUUCAGAAUUUGUGCAGGCUUUCAAGUAGAGGUUUUUUCUUGAUCAUUGGGGAUAGAUCACAAUAAGUAGAUAUGAAGUUCAUGAAACUUGGAACAAGGCCAGAUACUUUCUACAGUGAACAAGCUACCAGGAGUCUUGUUUCAGAUAUUCCAUCUGACCUUGUGAUAAAAAUCUAUGACACUACUUAUCUGCUACACAAGUCUUCCCUUCUUCCAAAAUGUGGCCUUCUACGAAGGCUUUGCUCAGAUUCUAGUGAUUCUGAGAAUGUUCCUCUAGAGCUUCAUGAUAUGCCUGGAGGGGCAGAUGCAUUUGAAAUCUGUGCUAAGUUCUGCUAUGGAGUUUCAAUCAACAUCAGUGCUCAUAACUUUGUACCCGCACUCUGUGCUGCUAAACUCCUCCAAAUGAACGAGUCCAUUGAGAAAGGAAACUUUGUAAGCAAACUUGAGGCUUUCUUCAGUUCAUGCAUUCUUGAAGGAUGGAAAGACUCUAUUGCAGCACUGCAGGCCACUAACAAGUUACCGGAGUGGUCUGAGAAUCUUGGCAUAACAAGAAAAUGCAUUGAUUUAAUUAUUGAGAAAAUUCUUACACCCCCACCACAGGUCAAAUGGUCCUACACCUACACUAGGCCCGGUUAUACCAGAAAACAGCAUCAUUCAGUCCCAAAGGAUUGGUGGACUGAGGAUGUGUCCGAUCUUAACAUAGAUCUUUUCAGGUGCAUAUUAAUGGCUAUUAGAUCAACUUAUGUGCUCCCACCACAGCUUAUUGGCGAAGCUCUGCAUGUCUAUGCCUGUAAGUGGCUACCCAGCAUCACAAAGCUUAAAAGUUCAUUCAAUUCAGCAACACAAGCAGAAGAAUCUAAAGCUGUGAGCCGAAAAAUUCUGGAGACAAUUGUGAGCAUGAUUCCUGCUGAUAGAGGGUCGGUUUCAGCUGGCUUCUUGUUAAGGCUUCUCAGCAUUUCAAGCCCUCUUGGUGUCUCCCCAGUGACCAAAACAGAACUAGUAAAGAGAGCCAGCAUACAGUUUGAGGAGGCAACAGUGAGUGACCUGCUUUAUCCUUCAACAUCCCCUUUGGACCAAAACUUUUAUGACACGGAAUUAGUCCUAGCAGUGUUGGAAAGUUACUUAAAGUUUUGGAAAAGAAUCUCGCCUGGUGCUGUGGAUAAAAGACACUUGAUAAAAUCAAUCAGAAGUGUUGGUAAGCUCAUUGAUUCCUAUCUUCAAGUGGUGGCAAGGGAUGAUAAUAUGCCAGUGUCAAAAUUUGUCUCCCUGGCUGAAACUGUGCCAGCUAUUGGCCGAUUAGAGCAUGAUGAUCUCUACCAGGCUAUAAACAUCUAUCUUAAGGUGCAUCCUGACCUGAGCAAAGCAGACAAAAAGCGCUUGUGUGGGAUUCUGGAGUGCCAAAAGCUGACCCCAGAAGUGCGUGCACAUGCAGUCAAAAAUGAAUUUCUGCCACUGAGAACUGUGGUGCAGCUCCUCUACUUUGAACAAGAAAAAGAUUCUAAGGAAACCACUAGUUCCAAGCUGCAAAAGUCUCAUGAUCUACUUCUAGGAGCAAAGAAGAGACCAGCCACUAGAGAUAGCGAUGGCAAGCGAUCUUUAGUAAACAAAGAAGAAUUCAAGAGAGAAGAAGUCACAAGAAGAAUCUCCCAUGCUGAAAGUAGAGAAAAGAGUCAACACAAAACUAAAAGAUCAGAUGGUAAGUUGGCAUUGGACUUGGAAAAAAAGAUGGUUAUAAGAGGAGACAAUGAAGAUAUAGGAUCGGAAAAGUUAAGGGGAGCCAAGGAACAAAGAAUGUCAAGCAGCAAGUCAGACUUGGAUGCUAAGAAAAACAUACAAAGGGCAAGAAGCAAAAAAUCAGAACAUGGCCGUGAAAGGAGAAGAUAGAGAUAAUAGUGAUUAUACCCUUGAAACACUCAGAGCAAUCUUCAUUUCCCUAUAUAUGAACUUAGUAGCCUCUAUUCUUAUCAUUUCUUUUUUACAUGUGUCAUAAAUGUAAGCAAGGUAUUGUCCUUUCUACUAUCUGUCACUGUUAAAGAGUUGUCUUGAUCAAAGAUGUCAUUGCAACAAAUGCAGAUGACUUCUGUCUGAUACUAUUUUCAUCACGUUUCAAUUGCCUUAUAUAAAAAGGACUAAAACCCAUUAUUGUGUU